CGACUGCAAAUGCAUCAUGAAGGAUGGGAGUGGGGUGAUAAACCUGAAGGCCAUGGGGGACGCAGAGGGCUUCCUGGGCCGUUGGAAGCCGGUGUCCACAGAGGUCCUGCUGUCCUUCAGCCCCUGCCAGCCCUUCUCACAGCCAGAGGACCUGGCAGGAACGGACUGUACCAACGUUGCUGCAUGUCUCAUUGUCAGGCUCAACGGAUACACCAGCCACUAUCUCAGCUAUGGGAGACAUGACGGGAACGAAUUCCACUACAAUGGCACCACGAAGACACUGUCUGUCUCCUACAUGGGUGAGGACGAGCAGCCGCUGACGGUGGUGCACUACCACUGCAGUCCAAACCAGUCGGCCUCUCUCAUCAGCCAGCUGAGCCUCAGCGCACAGCAGCCCCUGCACAUCUGGGUGGAGAGCCCCUGUGCUUGUCCCAAUUACUGUGCCAUGGGCGAUUUGGGUGUCGGCACCAUCUUCCUCAUCAUCCUCUCCCUCAGUGCUGCGGCAUACUUCAUUCUUGGCUGCUGUGCUCUGAGGCCCUUUCGGAGCAGCAGUGGAGUCCAGAUCUCUCCAGAGCACAGCGUGUGGUGUAUGAUGUGUUACCACUGCACUGAGAGCAGGCCAGCUAGACGACGCUAUGCAGACCUGACCUGCUGAGGAUCCCAGCUAGAUGUCUCAACAUGUCCCUCGGGUGGACCUAA